ACAAACUACACUUUGCAAAGCCAAAGAGUCAAAAAUAACAAGCAGAGUCAAUAUUCAUAUAGGAGCCUACCAAGAAAGAGAUGUCACCGGAAACGACCAAAAUGGCACCGGAAACUGACGCCACCGGCAUGAAUUUCAAAGAAACCGAGCUCACCCUAGGUUUACCAGGCGAAUCUCGGUCUCAAAAAUCCGGCGCGAAGCGUGGAUUUUCCGAGACAGUUGAUUUGAGCCUAGGAAGCUUUAGCAAUGUUAGUUGCCCUGACAAAAAUUGCACCGGUGAGCAAUCAGAAAACGAGGUCUCCGGUGUGUCGAAGCCUCCUAUUGCAAAGGCACAAGUGGAAGGGUGGCCACCGGUGAGAUCAUUUAGGAAGAAUAUAAUGAAGACAUGCAAGUUCGUGAAAGUGGCUGUGGAUGGAGCUCCUUUUUUAAGGAAAGUUAAUCUGGAGAUGUACAACAGCUAUCAGCAGCUGUUGAGUGCACUAGAGGAGAUGUUUACAUGCUUCACCAUCGGUAAUUAUCAGAAUGAGAGGAAGCUUAUGGACCCUGUAAAUGGGAUUGAAUAUUUACCAACAUACGAGGACAAAGAUGGUGACUGGAUGUUAGUUGGAGAUGUCCCAUGGAAAAUGUUUAUGGAAUCGUGCAAGAGGAUACGGUUGAUGAAAAGCACAGACGGAAUUGGGAUAGCACCAAGGACACCUCAGAAAUGCUCAAGCACAAGUUGAAGAUUGCUUUAACUUGCGCAUACUUGGCUUCUUAGUUGAUGUACAGAGGCUUUAGGUUUCACUUUUGAGAAGUUCUAGCUAGAAAGAAGAUCAUGAGAAUUAUAAUACAGACAUGUCUUUAAUUAUUCGUGUAUUGCUCUUGUAGCUCAAUUUAUAUUUUGGGAUUAUUACACUUCUACAAACUUUUAUUUAUGAAAAAAUAGUUGAAAUUCU